AUGGCGAAAGGCUCGGUGGUGGGGCAUUUAGCCAGGGAUCUGGGUCUUAAUGUCGGAGAUGUAUCGGCUCGGAAACUACGAGUUAGUGCGGAGAAGCAGCUCUUUACUGUGAGCGCGGUCAGCGGGGACUUGCUUGUCAGCGACCGGAUAGACCGAGAGCAGAUAUGCAGGAAAAGAGCGCUCUGUGAAUUACAGCUGGAAACUGUGGUAGACAAUCCCCUGAAUGUGUUUCACGUACAUAUCACCAUUCAGGACAUUAACGACAAUGCUCCACUUUUUAAGAAGAUUUAUAUCGAUUUAAAAAUUAAUGAAUUCGCUCUGCGGGGUGCUCGAUUUGCCCUGGAAUCGGCUCUGGAUCCUGAUGUUGGGAUCAAUUCCGUAGAUAAAUAUCAACUCAGCCCUAAUCCACACUUCUCCCUGGAGGUGAGGAAGAGUCCGAGCGGCAGUAAAUACCCCGAAUUAGUGUUGGAAAAUCUCCUGGACCGGGAGGAGAAGAGUUUUCAUCAUUUAGUGCUAACAGCUGUGGAUGGCGGAGAUCCGGUCCGCAGUGGCACCGCCCAGAUCCGGAUUAAUGUCACUGAUGCCAAUGACAACCCUCCCGUGUUCAGCCAGGAAGUGUACAAAAUCAGCCUAAGGGAGAGCCUGCCCCCGGGCUCCCCUGUGCUACGAGUAGAAGCCAGCGACCGGGACGAGGGUGUCAAUGCACAGAUCACCUUCUCCUUCAGGGGCAUCGAGGAUCCCUCGCGGCAGGCGUUCAACCUAGAUCCUAUUAGUGGAGAAAUUGUAACGGGCUGGUCACUGGAUUACGAAUCGGCAAAAGGAUACGAGUUGGACGUGGAAGCAUCGGAUGGGGGUGGUCUGACAGCCCAAUGUAAAGUAGUCAUCGAAAUUCUCGAUGAAAAUGACAACGCACCGGAAGUGACAUUCGCAUCUUCAUCCAGUUCUCUUCCCGAGGACUCUGAGCCCGGGACCGUGAUAGCCUUGAUUCGAAUCCGUGACCGGGACUCGGGAGAAAAUGGGGAUGUCACGUGUCAGUUACAAAACAAUGUUCCUUUCAAAAUCACUUCCUCCUCCAAGAAUUCUUACAAGUUGAUAACAGCCGGUGUCCUAGACAGAGAACAGACUGCCGAAUACAAUAUCACAGUCACAGCUACCGACAGGGGAAGCCCCCCUCUCACCACAUCCAAAACCAUAUCCCUGCUUGUUGCUGAUGUCAAUGACAACCCGCCUGUGUUCCCCCACACUACCUACGAGGCCUAUGUCCCCGAGAACAACCGACCCGGAGCCUCCAUCUACCGGGUCAGCGCCUCCGACCGAGACCUGGAUGACAACGCCCGCAUCUCCUAUUCCCUGCUGGACAGCUCCGAGUCCGAACUGCCGCUGUCCUCGUCCGUGUCCAUCAACUCUCACAGCGGGGACAUCUAUGCGCAGCGCUCCUUCGACUACGAGCAGUUCCGCGCCUUCGAGCUGCUGGUGCAGGCCCAGGACUCCGGCUCCCCACCGCUGCGGGCCAACGUGACCGUGCGCGUGUUCAUUGUGGACCAGAACGACAACGCCCCCCGCAUCCUCUACCCCUCCCUGGGGCCCGACGGCUCGGCCCUGUUCGACACGGUCCCUCGCUCGGCCGAGCCCGGCUACCUGGUCAGCAAGGUGGUGGCGGUGGACGCGGACUCGGGCCCCAACGCCUGGCUGGCCUACCACGUGCUGCAGGCCAGCGAUCCCGGGCUGUUCAGCCUGGGGCUCCGCACCGGAGAGAUCCGGACAGCGCGGGCUUUGGUCGAUGGCGACCCAGCCCGGCACCGCCUGGUCGUGGCCGUGCGGGACGGCGGCCAGCCGCCCCUCUCGUCCACCGUGGCUCUCCACCUGGUCUUCGCUGACAGCCUGCAGGAAGCCCUUCCCGAACUGGACGACCCCUCCUCCCCCACGUCCAGCCAGGCCGAUUUGCAGUUUUACCUGGUUUUGGCUUUGGCCUUAAUCUCAGUCUUAUUCCUCGUUACGGUCAUCCUGGCCAUCGCGAUGCGCUGCCGCCGCUCGUCGAAACCAGGAGUGUUCGGCUGUUUGCGGCCAGAUCUGUACUCCCAGGCGGCGGGGCCCAUCUUCCCCCCAAAUUAUGAAGAAGGAACGCUGCCGUAUUCAUAUCAGUUGUGCUUAACGUCGGACCGGACUAAAGGUGAAUUCACAUUCCUGAAUCCCAAUGGCCAUAGGGCUUUAGGUGGAGACAUUCGGCCGGAUCAUAUCUCUACUCUGGGACCUGAGGAGUCAGCUAAAAAUCUUGAAAACAUUCUGAACGACUCUGCUCUCUCUGCACAGAGUCUGCAGUUCUUGAUAGUGACGCUGGGCGACACUGUUGACCAAUCAGGGAGAGAAAUGCAGUGA